GGAAUCGGACACAUCUUCCGGUUCCCGCGAGCGCAGUUUCAUGGAAUCAUAGCCUACUGGAACACAGCCGUGGUCUACAGCAGGCACUGAGUACACAUCUAGGCAACUCCGAGGUAAAGUGUUCAAACAUGGCGCACCAGUCACCCAUGAUAGCGAUCCCCAAGAAGACGACAGAGGAUGUCGAUUGGACAAGUCCCAUACGCAAUCUUAUUGCCAAGUCCUUCGGCGAGAGCCCAGACAAUUAUGCACAGGAGUGCCAAGCGCUGCAACGCUGCAGGCAAGACGCUGUCAAAGGCGCAGGAAGCGAUAUGACAGGUCGCGAUCUGCUCUACAAGUACUUUGGGCAACUCGAGAUCCUCGAGAUGCGCUUCCCAGAGAUCCGCGUCAACUUCCCAUGGCAUGACGCUUUCACGACCAAGCUGACUACGCAGACAGCUAUUGCGUACGAGAAGGCCUCCGUUCUGUUUCAGAUCGCUGCUACGCAUUCCGCCAUUGCUGCCUCCCAGAACAGGUCCGAUCCUGAGGGGCUCAAACUCGCCUUCUACUACUUCAGAACAUGUGCAGGCAUGCUCACCUAUAUUAAUGAGAACUUCUUGCAUGCCCCCUCGACUGACCUCAGCCGGGAGGUGAUCAAGUUUCUGGUGGGAGUCAUCAUGGCGCAGGCUACAGAAGUAUUUUUAGAAAAGUGUAUCGACGAGAAGAAGGCGCCUGCUUUGGUGGCCAAGAUUGCUUCCCAGUCUGCAUUCAUGUACACCUCCCUGAGCGAGGAGGUAAAAGAUUUCAUGGGCAAGGGCAUAUUCGAUCGCAACUGGGUCACUCUUAUCCAGAUAAAAUCCAAACACUUUGGUUCUAUCUCACAAUACUAUCGCGGUCAAGUUGACAAUAAAGCUGGGGUCCACGGCGAUGCCCUCGUACGAUUCACCCUCGCUGAAUCUCUAGCAAAAGAAGCCAAUCGAGCUGCCGCAUCAUUCUCUGCUUUAUUCGCCCACGUAUCACCUACGCUUCCCGCAGAUGCCGGGCCUUCCAUCUCCGAACGCACAAAGGUGCAACUUCAACUAAGCACAGACCGCAAGACAGAAGCGCAGCGCGAUAAUGAUCUCAUCUACAAUGCUGUCCUUCCAUCUGCCGACGCGCUGCCUGCCAUCGAAAAGGCGGUUGUCGCCACGCCUAUUUCAAUUCAAGAGGUGUAUCGUGCCCCAGACGUCCAGAACGUGAUAGGCACGGAUAUCUUCGUUAAGUUGAUCCCGCUGAGCGUGCACGAGAGCGCUAGCGUGUACUCGGAGGAGAAGGCGAAGUUGGUGCGCAAAGAGGUCGAGAACGCAGAAAGCGCAGACGUCGAGGCGCGCAGCGCACUGGAAGCGAUGGGAGUGCAGGGGGGACUCGCGAGGUUUAAGGCAAUGGCUGAGGGUAGCUUGGGCGGGGAGGAAGAGAUCCCCCUGGAUGUACGCCGUUGGAGAGAGGAUAUCAACGUCAUGGAGGACAGGGAGGGUAUCGAAACACUCUUGCAACAGAUGGCUCGUCUCAAGGGGGCUGUCAAAGCAGAACUGGACGGUAUUAUUCGGGACCUGGAAGUUGAAUCCAGAGAGUGCGAGACGAUGCGGGUCAAAUACGACCACCUGUGGACACAGGAGCCAUCUGCGUCUCAUACGAAGUCAAUCCGGGAAGACUUAAAGUCUCAUACAGGCGCCUUAGACGCGGCUGCCGCGUCUGACCAACAAGUGUCGACACUCUGGGAAUCAGUCAAAUCUGAUAUUCGACUACUGCUCUCGCCUGACGUCGAGGAUGUCUUCCGUGCUAGUGCCCAGCGUGAUGCCCCUUCGGAAAGCCUGCUUGAUCUCGACAUCGGUACCGAGGCGCACGAUGAAAAAGAACAAGCCAGAAUCAGACAGUAUACUACCGAAAUUGAUGAGCGCCUGGGACGGUUGAAGAAAGUUGCUUACGAGCGAGGAGAAGUACUCAAAGAGCUGAAAGACAAGAUUCAGGCUGACGACGUCUCGCACCUGCUGCUUUUGAACCGCCGUAACCCUGGCGCUGAACAAUCUCUGUUCGCUGCAGAACUUGAGAAGUUCCGGACUUACCAACAGCGUCUUGGAGCCACUGUGCACAAUCAGCAAGCCGUAUUGCAGGAAAUCCAGGGGCUAUGGAAAAGCUUACGAGACCUUGCUGGGCGUGGACCCGGUGCAAAGAAGUGGGAUGAACGCGAGCGGCGGAAGAAGGACACCGUACGCAGGUUCUCGAAUGCGAGAGACGGAUAUAUGGAGGUCAGGGAUGGGUUGACGAAAGGACUGCAGUUCUACCAACAACUCACUGACCUGAGUGCUACACUCACUCUUAGUGUCAAGUCUUUUAUCACUGACCGUCGUUCGGAACGCGACAGACUUGUUGGGCAAGCGGACCUCCAGCAGCGGCUUGCGGUACCACCAACGCCUGCCGAGAAACCUCCCUUGCCACCACCACCACGUUCUCCCCCAUCUCUGGACUCAUCCUUCGCGUCUAUGAAUCUGCAAGGAAGUAAGAAUCCAGCAUCCCCCCCGCCUCCACCACCACAGGCGUCAUACUCCGUUUUCCCGCCUCCACCACCUCAGUCAACCAGGGCAUAUUCGAAUCUCCCACCACCUCCGCCUCCACAACCCGCACGCCCAGCAUAUACAAACCCAGUAUCGCCAAACCCGCCACCCGACCCAUAUGCAAGCCUGGGGGCAUUCGGGUCUCAGUUUUCUGCACCACGUGCCCCCCCGCCAGUUCCACAGCAGCAAACGUAUUCUGCUUCGCCACAAAGGCAGUCUUCCUUUUCCUUGCCACCGCCACCUCCGUCGCGACCGCAGUACGCUGCAAAUCCACAGACAUACGGCCAACAAGUUCCGCCGCAACCAUCUUCGUGGGGGCAAUAUCCCCCACAGACACAGCCGACCCGGCAGGGUUCACAGUACCAGACUGUGCCUCCGCCCCCGCCACCUUCACAAGGCCAUAAUACUCAACAAUAUUACCAAGGUUAUGGAAGAUGAUAAUUUACGUAGAUUCCAAUAAAACCGAAAUGUGUACGUUUGUAAGGAAACAAGUGUGAUAAGGAUGCAAUGUAAUGGAGUGCAGGGCGUUGCUGUUAUGUAGUUUGUGGUGCAUAGCAGAUUGUUGGCGUCAAUUCUUAGAAGGGGCGACCGACAACAUCAAUCCUUCGAUUAGUGUAACAAUGCCUAGCCUGAUGGCAGUUGGUAUUAUG